AAAAAAUCAUUUAAAAAUAAUUUAUUGCGUUAUGCCAAAAGUCGUAGAACGAAUGUUGUUACGUAUGAUGUUAGCUAUCUUGUCCUGCGAGGUUGCUGGUGUUUUACCAGUAACCCUGUAUUUCACUAGCUACAGCUUUUUUAUUGAAAGCAUGUAUCCAAUAGACUGAAAAGUUUUAGUUUUAUCACCUUAUCUUUCUACAAUUUCUACCUAUUUUGCCAAUAUGAUAAAUAUGUAGUUGUGUAAGCAUCUAUAGUUGGAUAUUUGAUACAUAUUGCAGCAUCGAGAACUACGAAACAGACCUCAUCCUAGGCACAUACCACAAUGAAUCAUCGGACGAGGCUGAUGAUGAUGAUGACUCCAAUGAUGAGAACAACUGGCGGAAUGAUUAUCCGGAUACAGAAGCAAGUAGCAUCGAUGAAGAUGAUAUGAUUGCGGCUAUGAAGCGGUGUGAUAUAGAUGACCUCUCAAGCGAUGAUGGCGAGGACAAAAUAUACAACGAUCCCCCGGACCUAUUCAAUGAGGACGUCAAAAGAUACGGAGCGGCCUACGCCAAGUAUAAAGCCAGAGUCAUAGCCGAAGAAACAGAAGUCCAAGAUAGCAAAAACCUCGUCCAUUGUUCCAGAAUAAAGGAUUUGGAUGAGGAAUCUAUAGAUGGUUAUAAAGAUGAUAGCGAUAAUGGUUUUUAUUAUGGCCAAGAAGAAGAUACGGAACAAUUUUGUGAACAGUAUAGUGAUGAUGUUUAUAACCCAGAUUGAGUAAUAAAUUGAUUGUUUGUAA